AUGCGCCGGCCGCGGCCUCCGGGCCCCGCCCCUCGCAGGCCCCGCCGGCGCCUCUCUGACGGGCGGAUGGCUGGAUGGACGCGCGCGUGGCCUGGAUCCAGCCCGAGCAGAAGGGCCCGGCCAACGCGCUCUGGAUGCGCGUCUGGCGGGCCGCCCAAGGCCGCGCCGGAGCAGGAGGCGCCCCCCGCAGCCCCGCCAGCCCCAGCCCGCCCCCGGCGCCGCAGCCCCCCAGCCCGCCCGCCCCGGCCCAGGAGGAGGAGGAGGGCGGCGGGCGGCGCCUCCACAGGCCCCACCGGUACCACCCGGGCCGCAGGAAGCGGGAGAACAAGGCCAGCACCUACGGCUUCAAUUACCUGCUGGGCGGCGGCACCGCGACCCCACCCGGGCUGAGCCUGCCCUCCUCCCCGCCGCCGCCCCUGCGCGGCCCGGGCACGCCUUGGAAGGACCGGCCCUAUGGCCCCGGCAUACAGGGGUUGCAUGAAGAAAUAAUGGACUUUUAUGACUUUAUGUCCCCUUGUCCUGAAGAAGAAGUUAUGAGAAGAGAGGUCGUGAAGAGAAUAGAAACUGUUAUCAAAGAUCUCUGGCCUACAGCGGAUGUUCAGAUAUUUGGGAGUUUUAGUACAGGGCUUUAUCUGCCAACUAGUGAUAUUGAUUUAGUGGUUUUUGGAAAAUGGGAGAGCCCCCCUCUGCAGCUGCUGGAACAAGCACUAAGGAAACACAACGUGGCUGAGCCAUAUUCAAUUAAAGUACUUGACAAAGCUACAGUACCAAUAAUAAAGCUUACUGACCAGAAAACAGAAGUAAAAGUUGACAUUAGUUUUAACGUGGAAACUGGCGUGAAGGCAGCUCGGCUCAUCAAAGACUACAUGAAGAAGUACUCAUUGCUGCCAUACUUGAUUUUAGUAUUAAAACAGUUUCUCCUUCAGAGGGAUUUGAACGAAGUUUUUACUGGUGGAAUUAGCUCUUACAGCCUAAUUUUAAUGGCUAUUAGCUUCUUACAGCUGCACCCACGAAUUGAUGCUCGGAGAUCGGAUGAGAAUCUUGGAAUGCUUCUGAUAGAAUUUUUUGAACUCUAUGGAAGAAAUUUUAAUUACUUGAAAACCGGUAUUAGGAUAAAAAAUGGAGGUGCCUAUGUUGCCAAAGAAGAAAUCCUGAAAGCCAUGACCUAUGGUUAUCGCCCAUCUAUGCUGUGUAUCGAAGAUCCUCUCUUGCCUGGAAAUGAUGUUGGCAGAAGUUCUUAUGGUGCCAUGCAAGUAAAGCAAGUUUUUGAUUAUGCCUACAUUGUACUUAGCCAUGCCGUGUCUCCACUUGCAAGAUCCUAUCCUAACAGAGAUUCUGAAAGUACUUUGGGAAGAAUCGUCAAAGUGACACAGGAAGUUAUUGAUUACAGAGCAUGGAUUAAAAAGAGAUGGAAAAGCAAAGUUAACUUGCCAGCUGAUCUUGAUCUCCAAAUGAAAAAGGCAGAACCGCUAUCGCCACCCGCUGGAAUCCAGAACCAAGAUGCCGAAUUGCUGUAUAGCCAGCGGCUGCCAUUGUCAUUAAUUGGUAUCCACCAGUUAUCGUCAGGUUCAUCCGCCUCCUCCGUAUCAUCUCUUUCUGGCAGUGAUAUUGAUUCAGAUACUCCACCUUGCACAACUCCUAGUGUGUAUCACUUCAAUCUGCAAACUCCGUCUCAGCUGACAGUCGGUUUACCACCCACGUUGCCUGUACCAAGUGGUAAAACUCAGUCUGUGCCUGCAAGAACCUUAAUUAUGGCAACUAAUAAUCAGCACAGCGGAAUGAAGUUUGCCUUGAAAGGAGCUCACGGUCACAACCAAUGCAGCGAAUACAAUUCUGCCAGCAACGGAAUCAUGAGGCAGCCGGUUGCCAACAGAGGCCACCACCAAUAUAACCGUAAUAUCUGGAGAAGGAAGAAGCAUAGAGACAGUUUGCCUAUUAGCCUUAGCAGAUAAUGGCCAACUUCAGGGGGGGCGCUUUUGACUAAGCCAUGGAGCGUGAUGCCAAGCUGGGGGGGUGGGGGGAGACGGAAGGCCUUCACUGAGUGCAUCAGUUUGAGGAUGUUGCCAAAUAUCUGCAUCCAACAUUUGCAUGUUUCUUUGUGUGGUGGUGGAGUCCAUCUAAAAAACAGUUUAUUGUGCUUAUCUGUGAAGCCUUAUACAAUGUGGAAGUUUGUCUUCUGCCGAUCCAUGAUGCACUGCAGUGCCGAAGCAGCUCUGGUGCGAAUAGUGUGUGAGGACCGUCAACGCCACGGCGCCUCUGCUGUCAUUGCGUUUGUUUGUUGUGGGGGUUUCCUUGUUUCAUCAGACAAACAACAGAUGGUUUGAACUUUGCUUUUCUCUCGCAGGAGAGACUUGUCACUUUGCACGCUGCUUUCCCUUUUUUUCUUUUUUCUUUUCUUCUUGGUCCACCUUCUUUGUUUGCUUCACUGAUAUCAAAACAUAACUUCUGUGAAAUAACUGCAAAUAUUUUAACUUGCCUAAUGGUAGGAUGAAGUUAUGUUUAAGAGGUGGAGAAUUUCGGGAGGAUUCUUUUAGUUUUGUUUUUGUUUUGUCAGAUCCAUUCCCGGAUUGAAUUUUUAAAGUUGAAUUCACAGUUCCGAUGCAGUUGUCCAAGCAACUCAAUCGUGUUGCUGAUACUGUAGGUUUCUUAACUUAGAGUGGAACUGCUGAUUUAGCUUACAUUUUGUAUUUCAAAAAGUAUUAAGCUCCCAAAAUGUUUUGACCGUUCUUUUUAAUCCAAUCAUUAUUUGGUACCUGUUUGGCUCUGUCUAAGGAAUUAGGGCUCAAUCCAGUGAUAUUAUGCAAUGGGAAUCACGGAACAGAACAUCUUAGAAGGCUGUGACUUCAAUUUAUUAAAAAGGCCUUUUUUCAUUUUUUGGGUCAGAGCAAGUUCCAAAUGUUUUAUAGAUGCUUAUGAUUUGCCCUCUGAUUGGGUUCAAGAAAUGUUGCUGGCUGAAAUAGCCAACCUAAAGAACGGGAAGAAAGGGAUCACAUUGGUUCUGCCGAAGGAUCUGCAUCGUAGGUGUGCAUCAGUUCUGUCAGGGAUAAAUGCCUGAAAGGUACACUUCAGAUUCUCUGUGCUUUUAAAAUAACAUUGUAUUGUCUCGCAGAAAGGGCACCACCCGGGGCUCUGUGUGCAUGUGCACAGCCACUCUCUCUGAUGCAUACAGGUAUACUAUGCAAGUGUGUAUCGCCACAACAACUCUUAACUUUUUUUAAAGCAAAAAAACGUACAUCCAUCCAAGCCCUGAGUUUUUAAAAAGCACCUCAUUGCCAUUGGCCACAUCUUUUCAUCAUUUAUUUUUUUUCCUAAUGAAAGUUCUUAAAUCUCCAGAGCACUGUACUCACAGUUCUGCUUGAACUGAUAGCUUAGAAAGAAUAUUUAAACUGGGAAUCAUCUUGCUCUUAUUCUGUUUUUCUGAUAUGCAGAAGCAAAUGUUCUUAAAAACUGACCUUUGAAGGUUUCAGGUGGAAUUAUUCCUGUGGAAGAAAGCUUUGAUAUCUCCUCUGAUGCUGCUGCGGCAUGCAAGCUGAAGAAACCUGUCAAAAUGGAACACGGAAGCUUUUGGGUCCAUAAGAGGGGAGAGUACAACAUUCCAGACUAUAGAGUAGCA